ACGGCGACCACCUCUUCCGGUUUCCUCUCGCGGCCACGCGCACGCUUCACCCUCCCGCCUAACGCACGCGCUCACGUUGACUAAUGCACUUUUGAUGGAAGGAGCGACCGAGCGAGAGCGCCCGACACUUUUCACCAAUUCCAUGUUAUUUAUGAGUUUAAAAGACAACGGGAAGACUUCUGGAAAGAUGCUGACUGGUCGUGCCCAGCGCUUUUCUCAUCACUGAGACACCGGACAUGGAACGCGAGAGCUCGUUGAGGAGGAUUUCGAGGAGUCUCCACAGCAGGUUGAAGCUGGGCAGCGGCUCGUCCUCCAGCUUGACCGACCUCUCGCAGGCCAGGACUCCAUCAGCAGGAGGAGGAGCGGAGAAGGUGGCGCUGGUGGACGAGGGCAGCAGGGACAAAGGGACCCAGCAGAGAAGAGCAGGGGCCAACGCCACCUGGAACAGCAUCCACAAUGCGGUCAUCUCCGUGUUCCAGAGGAAGGACUUGGGAGAAAAUGAGCUCUUCACUCUGAACGAAGGUGUCAGGCAGCUGCUAAAGACAGAACUCGGCUCCUUUGUCACCGAGUACCUUCAGAAUCAACUGCUCACCAAAGGCAUGGUCAUACUGCGAGACAAGAUGCGAUUUUAUGAAGGCCAAAAGUUGUUGGACUCUCUGGCUGACACCUGGGACUUCUUCUUUUGUGAUGUUCUGUCCAUGCUUCAAGCCAUCUUCUGCCCCGUGCAGGGAAAGGAGCCAUCAGUACGUCAGCUGGCUCUGCUCCACUUCCGGAAUAUCAUCACCCUCAACCUGAAGCUGGACGAAGCUCUGUCGCGGCCCCGAGCCCGAGUGCCGCCCUCCAUCAUACAGAUGCUGCUCAUACUUCAGGGCGUCCACGAGUCCAAAAAUGUCACGGAUGACUACUUGCGUCUGGAGUGUCUCAUCCAGAAGGUGGUCUCUCCUUACCUCAGCACCCACGGGUUAUAUUCGCAAAAUGAGAAGCCUCUCCAACCCUCCGCGCCAUCCAAUUGGGGAAAUCCCCCCACGGUCAAGAACCCUGUGGUACGUUCUAAGAGCUACAAUGUUCCCGUGCUGAGCCCUGUGGAGGAGUACGACGUGGACUCAUCUGUCGGAGGAGGCCCCGGUAUCAGACGCCACUCUGUGUCGGAGAUGACUUCCUGCACGGAGGAGUGCGUCUCAGUGGCAGAAUCCAGCACCGAGCACUCAGAGGUCUGGCCCAGGACACCAGUUCCGAUCACAGCCUGCCAUCCAGUCCGGACAUCAGCGCGGACCGCGUCCCGGAAUCUCUGGAUUCAGAGCCCGACGCGAUGUUUCUGGAGUUCUCAGUUGCUCAUUCUGGAGGAGCAACACGCAGCUGCAGCGGACAAAGUGUGGCCUGACAGAUCUGCAGAGAUGGACGCAAACGCCGGCGACGCUGGACGGCGGCGCAGAAAUGGGCCACGGCCAGAGAGGCUGACGAUGCUCCCGUGGAUUUUCCUGUGCAGUUCGCUGUGGCUGAUUGUCGACGGCCAGAUGAAGAUCUCACCAGAGACUGUACAGAAGUGGGCCGAGUCUUUCGGCAAAGAUAUCGAGUCCCUCUCCACCAAAUACUCCGGAUCGCAAUUGCUCCAAAAAAAAUACAAGGACGUGGAGGGUGUGUUGAAGAUCGAGGAGGUUGACGGGGAGGAGCUGGUCAAGAAGUUUGCAGAGGAGAUGGAGAAGAUGCUCGGAAGGAAGAUGAAGUCCGUCAAGAGAUUAGCAGAAGCAGCCGAGGAUGCGGAUCUUUACCACGUGUACAAUGAAACGCUGGAGUUUGAGUACUACAACUCCAUGCUGAUCAACACGGUGGACGAGGACGGCAACCCUUUGCCCCUGGGAGGAGAAUUCCCGCUGGAAAAGAACGAACACUUCAGCAGGCUGCCGGUCAACACGCAGCAGAGUAACAUCCAAGUGCCCACGAACGUCUACAACAGAGAUACAGACAUCCUAAAUGGCGCGUACAUGUCGGAGGCUCUCAAUGAUGUCUUCAUAGACAACUUCCAGAAGGAUCCCACGCUCACCUGGCAGUACUUUGGCAGCUCCUCCGGCUUCUUCAGGCUCUACCCAGGGAUCCAGUGGAUCCCCGACGAAAAUGGGGUCGUCACAUUUGAUUGCAGAAACAGGAACUGGUACAUCCAGGCAGCCACCUCCCCCAAAGAUGUGGUCAUUGUGGUGGACGUGAGCGGCAGCAUGAAGGGGCUCAGACUCACCAUCGCCAAGCACACCAUCAACACGAUACUGGACACGCUGGGGGAGAACGACUUUGUCAACAUCAUAGCUUACAGCGACUACGUUCGAUACUUGGAACCUUGCUUCAAGGGAAUUUUAGUCCAAGCCGAUCUGGAUAACAGAGAGCACUUCAAGCUUCUGAUUAACGAAAUGCACGUCAAAGGAGAGGGCAAAGUAAAGAAUGCAAUGAAAGAGUCAUUCAGGAUCCUCAAUGAGGCCGCUGCGCUGGGCCAGGGCAGCCUGUGCAACCAGGCCAUCAUGCUGAUAACAGACGGUGCCAUGGAGGACUUCCAGGAUGUUUUUGAAGAAUUCAACUGGCCCGAACGGCGGGUUCGGGUGUUCACUUACCUCAUAGGACGUGAAAUGACGUUUGCUGAAAAUGUCAAAUGGAUCGCCUGCAAUAACAAGGGUUAUUACACGCACAUUUCGACGCUGGCAGACGUCCAAGAAAACGUGAUGGAAUACCUGCACGUUCUCAGUCGGCCCAUGGUCAUCAACCACGACCAUGACAUCAUCUGGACGGAGGCCUACAUGGACAGUGUGCUGUUCAACAGUCAAGCCCAAAGUUUGCUUCUGAUGACCUCGGUUGCAAUGCCUGUGUUCAGCAAGAAAAAAGAGACGUUGUCUCAUGGAAUUUUGCUGGGGGUCGUCGGAACUGACGUGUCUCUAAAAGAACUAAUGAGAUUAGCUCUGAGAUACAAGCUGGGUGUCCACGGUUACGCUUAUCUCAUCACAAACAAUGGGUACAUCUUAUCUCAUCCUGACCUCCGUCCUCUGUACAAGGAAGGUAAGAAGCUGAAGCCCAAACCCAACUAUAACAGCGUCGACUUGUCGGAGGUGGAAUGGGAAGACACCGAGGAGAAGCUCAGGACGGCCAUGGUCAAGGGAGAAACCGGUACAUUGUCCUUAGACGUGAGGACCUCAGUUGAUAAGGGCAAACGAGUGAUGUUCCUCAAGAAUGAUUACUUCUACACCAACAUCAAUGAGACACCGUUCAGUCUUGGCAUCGUGUUGACAAGAGGAUAUGGGCAAUAUAUAUUCAUUGGAAAUGUCUCUGUGGAGGAAGGUCUCCAUGAUUUACUGGCUCCCGAUUUGACCAUUGCCAGUGAAUGGACCUACUGCGAGACCGACAUCGACCCAGCACAUCGUAAACUAAGCCAGCUGCAGGCCGUAGUCGGAUACCUGACUGGUAAAGAACCCGAUCUGGAGUGUGAUGUGCAGCUCAUGCAGCAAACCUUAUUUGACGCAGUGGUGACGGCUCCGCUGGAAGCUUACUGGACUGCCCUCAUGCUCAACCCAUCAGGUAUGGACGACGGCAUUGAAACGGCUUUCCUGGGCACACGUUCCGGCUUGAUGAGAUUCCAACGUUACACGGGCAUUGAGAACCGAGUUGGCAUGUCGUUCCUGACAUCCGCGGAUAAAGAAAACAUGUUCACGCUGGACCACUUCCCACUGUGGUUCCGCAGGGCGGCCGAGUACCCCGCCGGACAGUUCCUGUACUACAUGCCCCGACAGGAGACCCGAGCGGGGAGAAUCGUGAUCGCCACCACUGCCAUUACAGUGACCGUAGGCAAGAAGACCGCCAUCGCUGGAGCCAUUGGUGUCCAAAUGACUCUGGAGGUGAUGGAAUCCAGAUUUUGGGCCAUUGCCUCACAGCCAAACGACACUGAUUGCUCUGACGCGGAAGGAAUUUGUCCUCUUCGCUGUGACAGCUUUGAUCUGGAGUGCUACGUGAUUGACAACAAUGGCUUUGUCCUCAUUUCCAAACAGCGCGCUGACGCCGGAAGGUUCUUUGGCGAGGUCGACGGCCCCGUCAUGACGACGCUCAUCAGAAUGGGAAUGUUCAAAAGGGUGCCUCUGUUUGACUACCAGGCGAUGUGCAAGAUGAGCGUACACUCCGUCAGCAGCGCCCGUCCAAUUCUCAGCUCGUUCUACGCAUUGGCAUCCACCCUCAAGUGGUUCCUAUCCAACUUCCUACUGUUUCUCCUUGAGUUUAAUGUCUGCGGAUUCUGGCACGCGGAGCACUUUGCAGAUGCCUACGCGCACAAGAAAAAGGGGGACAUCCUGCAGCCGUGCGACACCGAGUACCCCAGCUUCGUCUACGAGCCGUCGGUCAAAGAGACCAACAGCAUCAUUAAGUGUGGACACUGCCAGAAGAUGUUUGUGGUGCAACAGAUCCCGCAGAGCAACCUCCUGAUGUUGGUCGUCCAGGCUGACUGCGACUGCGCCAGGCAGUACUCGCCCAUCACCAUGGAACCCAAGGAAGUCAAAUAUAACUCCUCAGUCAAGUGCGAGCGGAUGCGCUCCCAGAAGAUCCGCAGACGUCCGGAGUCGUGCCACGCUUACCACCCUCAGGAGAAUGCAAACGACUGCGGGGGAGCCUCGACCGCUUCUGUCUCUGCCUUCCUCUUCCUCCUUUCUCCCUCCAUCGCCUCAUUUCUCUCCUGAUGGUGACCCCGACGGUGCCACAAGUGAAUUUAUUUUUGAUACAUAGCAGAACUCAAAGUCGCUUUUUUUUUUUUUUUUUGGUCCAGACAACCCGGAGAACUCUUCCCUCCUUUUGUCAAGUGCUGAAGAUUGGCGGUUGUUGCCAUGGCUACCACGCUAUUAGUGACUUUCUCCUCCACCACCUUGUAUCUCCAAAUGAAUGGGGGAAUAAAGAGAGGCAGGUGGCCGCUGUGACUCACGCGGAUGAAUUAUGAAUCAUGCGAGCGAACGUAAUGGAGUCCGUGGGGGAGAAAAUGAGUUUCUGAUUUACCUUCCCGGCGAGUUGUACGUGGUCACGCAUAUCACGUUGUGUAGCCUAUGCUACACAUACGACAUACGAAUUGGAGACACACGGAUAUUAUUAGUUAUUACGUCUUAUCGUGUCUGACUGGAAUCAUUUUUCGUUAUACAUUUCCACAUAUAUCACUCUCGAGUGGAUUCCACAUCUGCCACGCGGUUCCGAGGAUGAGGGUUCAAUUAUUGGCUUGCAAGAAUCUGUCCACAAAGUAGCUCUGGCUUUCACAAAGGUUGGUGACCUUUGACCUACAUUAUAAGUAAAUAUUGAACAGACAAAUCCAUCUGGUCAAAUCUGCAUCUGCUUAACGAGUCAAAUUGAGUUGAGUUAAUCAAUUGUUCACCUUUCCUGCUCCGGUCUCCUGACCGCAGUCGGGAGACGCUGGGGAGAUGUCUCCUCCUGGGCCGAGGUUGUCCUCCUCGGGGUUAACUCCCUUCUCGCAUCGCAACUCCAAGGCACAAUGGCGGGGCAGUAAUAACACAGAGCAUCAACAUGCUGUUAUACUUAUGGUUUAUGUGCUGUUCACACGCGACAGUUCCCGAUCGCCGUCAAUCAACUUUUCUUUUUUCUUCUCACCCUGGCGCCUCAGCCUCACGCAUGCGCAGUCCGUCUCUCUCUCUCACAUCAACACACCCACACACCUGCACGAAACCCGUAGCAUCAUUGAUGAUCCAACAAAUGGACAAAAAAAAAACCCGACAUCAUGGGUAUUUUCAUAUUUGUUUAGCUUUUCGGAAACCAAGCAUGUUGACAAUAAAUUGCCUGACCUCUUAGACUCAUUCACUCAUUCAUUGUCUGUGUACUUGGAACUGAAAGAAAGCUGAAUUUCUCUGUUUUGAAUUAUACAAUACAAUAUCGACCAUGUGCUUUAUGAUUGUGUCCAUAUUACACGUUGAUGAACAAAGCCAUGACUCGGACAUUGCAGUGUCCAUUAUGCUUUUGUACUGCUCUUGUGGUCUACUGAUAUUUUUGCCCCUGUUGUAAAAUAAAUACUACAAAAACGAAAAAAAAAAAUAA